ACUUAGUUCAAAUGGUACAUCCAUAAUCCACGAUGUGAUAGUCGAACAACUACGUGAGUAACUAAGGUAUGCAUUGCUAUCAAUCAGUCUUGGCGCGGCAGUUCCUCCCACCAAUUGCAGACCCACAGGAAAUUCAAUUUUAUACAACGUCAUCUGCAGCUCUCAGCUUAGCACUGCUGCUUCAUAGUCGCUACCUAUACACCUACUUACCUCUCAUCGAGCGACCGCGUCGCGAACGCAUACCGUGAUGCCCACCCAACCGCCCCUCCCUCCCCUCCUCGCACCCUACGUAACGGCGCUGCCCACCUCUUCUCUCACCGUUCUGUCCACCGUCCUCGGCGCGCAAGGAAACUGGCUCACUCUACGAUACCUCUACGCAGCACUGAAUGCAUCGACGGCCUCCGACGCCACAUUUAGUCUCAGCGGCGACAACAACAACAACGACGGAAAGAAGCAAAAGGUGGUACUCGUGAGCUUCCUGCGGGGUUGGGAAUUUUGGCGCUCGGAGGCCAAGAGACUGGGCUUGGACCUUGCCCGUCUGACCGACAAGCGCCAAUUCGCUUUCAUCGACGGCUUAUCUGAACUCUUCUCCAGCCCACGAACGACGCCAACGACCGAGACCGCCCACCCGCCUCUUCCUUCUCAACCUGCACUACGCGGCGGCCCAAUUCCCCAGCGGACCGUGCUCCCUACCCGAUCUGCACCAGGUCCCAUCCCCGCGCGGGGACCGCAACCCACCACGCCACGACCUGUAGCCGCCGUCCCUCCGCCGUCUGCUCCGCCGGCCCCCCGGGAGGUCGGUGGACCAGUGACGCGACUGCACUGGUCCAGCAAGGGAGCGGCGGCUCUUGACAGCCUCGAGAAGGAUAUUGCGGCGGUGGUGGCACAGCUGAAGGCGGCAGCGACGGCAGAGGACGCUUCGGAGGUGCUGUUGUUACUCGAUCAACCGGACCUACUUCUAGCCGCGACAGGUCCCAGCAAGGAUGUUGGAGCCACGGAGAUGAGCGAGUGGGUGAUGGGUCUACAACAGUACGUCGACGCUACUGUCAUGACUCUUGCGGCAGACUUGCCCUUGAUACACAAUGCCUCGGCAGCUGGGCACCAGAUGGCAACGCCGCUGGAGACGGAACAUGCGGCCUUCGCGAUCGGCUCGGCCCACCGUGCGCACAUGGUCAUGCAGCUGCGCGAUCUGGAUACUGGCGCCGCGCGGGAUGUGAGCGGGGUGUUGCGGGUGAGUAAAGGAGGCGCGUGGGGACAGAGUGACAACGUGGAUACGAAUGGAGGUAGGGAAGAGAGGGAGGUCUUGUACUUCGUGCAAAGGGACGGUGGGGUUAGCGUCUUUGGGCGGGGGGAGUAG